AUGUGGACUAGCGCUGAAACUAAUACCACGGGUAGUAGCAUCGAGACCGUCAAGAGUAGCUCGGAAUCUAACCAGAUACCCAAUGAAACCGACACUGGAGAGGCAGCCAAAGCUACCUCAAAGAAGGCAAUGGUAGACAGCAAAAAGGUUGAUACUAUACCUAUACAAGUUACUAAAUGA